GUGAGAGGGUACAGCCCAGGACACGCCCUUUUUCAGAAGAAAGCUUUUUCUCAAUGUUCUGUGUCAGGUUGUAUUGAAGCGCUUGCUGCAGCUCACUGAGCUGGAGAGAACCUCACAGACAUGGUUGCAUUUCACUUGUGUUUAUUAUGCAUACAAUAGACUGAGAGACCAUGUCUGAGAAAAUUGCCAGAGGGGCCCCUGCUCCAGUGUCGGGGCCAGAAAAAGGCGCUCAUGUGGAAGAGGGUAAGCCCAGGGAGAAAUGGGCCAACAAGACGGAGUUUCUGCUCUCCAUGGCUGGAGAAAUCAUUGGCCUCGGGAAUGUUUGGCGUUUCCCCUAUUUGUGCUUCAAAAAUGGAGGAGGCGUCUUCUUCAUCCCUUACUUUGUGUUCCUCUUCUUCUGUGGCAUCCCUUUGUUUUUCCUGGAGACUGCUUUGGGCCAGUACACCAGUGAGAGUGGGUUGACCGCCUGGAGGAAGAUAAGCCCCAUGUUCCAGGGUAAACACAAGACAAACCUUGUAUAAAAUGCAUGUUUUCCAUGUAAUACUUUCAAUGUUUCUUA